ACUGAAAAACAGCUGUCAUAGUUUCACAUCGACCAUUUGUGAAGCAGCCGAACAAAGCAUAAGAAAAUAACGGCUCUCUUUUCUCUAUUUCGCUUCUGACAGCAUCGACAUUUGAAUGUGUACACUGGAAAGAGUUGUUUUUCUUCAGAGGUGACGCAAAUGCUGUGCGCCGUCCUGGGCCAGUCCAGGAGUAGACGAGAAUAUUUGGUCAGAUAUUUUUCAUCCACAUGGGAAUGGGGGACAUGAAGACACCAGAUUUUGAUGACCUGCUGGCAGCGUUUGACAUUCCAGACAUUGACGCCAAAGAAGCAAUUCAGUCUGACACUGAUGGUAAUCAUAUUGAAUGCAGUGGUGUUGUUAGAAAGGAGAGAAGUGGAAGUCCAUGCCUAAGACCUCCAGAAAGCCCUGAGCCUGUUCUUUCAACUCCACAUAAUGACCCCUCUAUUGUCAGUGUGAUUGUAAAAAACAGUGUACAGACUGAUGACAAAGCUGAAGGAAAUGUAACUGGGGAUAUUUCUGGUGCUGGUGCAUCACAUGAGUCUGCCCAGAAAGGUCCCAGUGAAGAGAGCCUGGUGCCUCCAGAUCAGUUCAUCUAUAAUGGACUGGAAACUGUUUCAGAUGGGCCUACAGAACCCUCUCCACCUCCAGCUCUAACCCGGAUGCAGCCCAAUGGGCAGCUUUGGUCUAGUGUUAUUAGUCAUGACAGCCAGGAUGGCACGUCUUCUAAACACCCUCCUAGCACUUUCUCCCCACCUCAGUCUUUAACCCAAUCUGAUCCCCCCAUCCUAUCUUCACAUUUAAUUGGUCCAAACUUUUCUCCAAGAGUUGAUUGUGAGGAUGCACAACCAUUAAAUGGUUCUUUGAGGGCAGGAGUCCGCCGACCCUUAUCUGAAGAUGAAGAAUCUGAACCAGACCUCGGUAGCCCUGCGCUUGUCAUCCAGGAAAGCCCGGAUUCCCAGCUGUGCUCCGCUCCCAAGGUACCACGCAUGCAGCGGUCUCCUUCAAGUGUGUUUCAGUCAUCCUCUCCCUCAUCCCCUUCCUUACCAUUUAGUAACACUCAAAUUGAGGAGCCGUCUGUCCAGAAUCCAACACUUCUACAAAACCGCAUCAACCAAACACCUCUGACCUCCACAAAUGAUCUGCCAGUUGAAGAAAAAGACGCAGAGCACAUAAUCGAGGAGAGAGAUUCUCCUGAAAGCCCUGAGCCAGAAAUCCCCCAACCCCAUUCAUCUCUGCCAUCAAAUCAACAAGAAGACAAUGAACCAGAACAGAAGGUCCGAAGAGAAGAAGCCCCUCAAGAUCAAAUUUUUGACACGAGCGUUGGUGUGCAGGAGAAGAGUGAUCUUCAACUAAAUACAGAGGAUGGUGGAGCUGAGGAGACAGAAAGGAAAUCCACCGAGCCUACUUUGGUAGAUUCACCCUCUGAAGAUGCCACCGAGUCCAGCACGAUCCCCUCCAAGCCUCUCAAAGUCAGAAUCAAGACUGUCAAAACGACUGCUGGAAACACACGUACUGUAUCUAAAGUGCCUCCAAAAGGAGGGAAGAGUCCUGGUGGCUCUAAGGUUCAAGCAGGGACCCGUAGGAUUCAGAGGUCUGGUGCUACAUCUCAAAGGAUAGCUCAGGGUUCAAAGGUGACAAUGUUGCCAGUUUCCACCCUUCAGGAUGCCAGUACAGCUAUGUUAUUUGCAGCCAGCAAGGCACAGAAUCAAAUGGCCGCCAGUCUUUCCACCACUGCAGUCAAGAUCACUAGAACGUCAACCCUCCCUUCCAUCUCUUCUUCAUCCAUGCCUGGGGUUCGCUCUUUGGGGAAGAAAACAAUGAAUGGGAAUUCUGGGACAGCCAAACCAGCCUCCAUUGUAAACAGCCCAGGGGCUGUGAUCUCACGUAGCCAGUCUAGCCUAGUUGAGGCCUUCAACAAAAUCUUAAACAGUAAGAAUCCACUGCCAAGUUAUCAGCCAGACCUCUCCAUCCCUCCUCCCCCAGAAUGGGGUCUUCGAUUGCCCUCAAUGGGAUACCGUUGCCUUGAAUGUGGGGAUGCUUUUGCACUGGAGCGCAGCCUGGCAAGGCACUAUGAUCGGCGCUCUAUGAGGAUCGAGGUGUCCUGUAACCACUGCUCCAAACGCCUGGCUUUCUUUAAUAAGUGCAGCCUGCUGCUCCAUGCACGAGAGCACAAGGAGAAGGGGCUGGUUAUGCAGUGCUCACACCUCGUCAUGAGUCCUGUCAGUGUGGAGCAGAUGAUUGGCCAGCAAGAUACCGUGCCUAUAGGUGUGCUCUCUCUAGCUGCCUCUGCUCUGUCUUCCAUUAAAGAAAGUGGUGUCCAUCUGGCACAAUCUUCUGAUAACAGCUGUCCAGAGUGUUGGAGUCCGUUCAAAGGGAAGGCAGAAAUAGUAGCACACUUUCAAGAGGUGGAGUCUGGUGGUACUGAAGCGUGUUGUAUGCAGUGUUCUCCUCCGAUGCCAUUGUGGAACUCGUGUAGUGCCGCGGCUCACCGCCGGUUACAUCAGCAGCUCCCUCCGCUGGUGUGCCCUGAAUGUGGUGUCAUCUGUCAGAGUAACAACCUCAACACUCAUCUGAAUCAAAGCUGCCUGCACUACUCACGACGCCUUGGAUAUAGAUGUGCCUGUUGUCAUUUGGUGUUUGGAGGAAUGAAUAGCUUGAAUGCUGUGAAGACUCACAUGCAGACGGCUCACUGUGAGAUCUUCCAUAAAUGCCCCUCCUGCCCCAUGGCUUUCAAAUCUUCCUCUGGUGCUGAAGCCCACUGCACCUCCCUGCAUCCUGAACUUCCUGAGACAGCAAGGCAGUCCAAGGAGAUCUAUAAAUGUGUGAUGUGUCGGACUGUUUUUACCCAAAAAGCAUUGCUCAGUGUCCAUAUUGACACUCACUUAGCCAAGCAGAAGAUGCACGUCUUUAAAUGUCCUGAAUGUAACAAGCUGUUCACGCAGAGAAGUUCCCUUCUUGAGCAUGUUAAGGACUCUCACAGGGACUUUAGCAUGUAUGACACAUCGGCAGAGAACAACUUGGUAAAGAUGGAGAGCUCUGAUGGGGAGGAGUGGGGACGGGAUGAAGACAAGGACAGAGGAAGAAUGGCGAGAGAGGAUGGGAGCUCUGCUGCACAGAGUUGGAAUUGCUCGCAGUGCCAGAUGCACUACACAGACAAGGAGAACUACAUCACCCACAUGUCUGAGCAGCAUGGCAAGGAACUGAAGAAGUUUCCAUGCACUCUUUGUGAAGGGUCCUUCUCUUCAUCCUCAAGUUUAAGACGCCACAUCCGUGUCAAGCACAAAGGCAUCAAAAGAGCAUUUUAUUGCCAACUCUGUACAGGUGGGAAGAGGAGCUUCAGCAGUAAACUGAUUCUUGAGAAACAUAUUCAGGCUCAGCAUGGAGGAAGAGCAACCAAGGAGACAGUUCCCCGUAUCACAGAUGCAGCUGACAGCUCAUCUGAGCAUGAUGGUGGCCCUGGCACUUUGGGAGGCGGGGCCUCAGUUGAAGCAGAAAGCCGAUUGGCUGAGAGCAGCCUGACCAGGCCUCGCAGGGGAGCUGCAGCUGAGGAGCAGGAAGCCACAGGAUUCCGUUGUAUGCCAUGUGGUUUUACAACAGAGGACAGGGAGGAGUUUCUCCAGCAUAUUGUUUGUCAUCGUGACGGGGCCAGCAGCUUUCAGUGUCAGCAGUGUGGGGCGUGUUUUGCGUCCUCCUCCUCUCUCAGCAGGCAUCUCUUCAUCAGCCACCGCGUGCGGGAUUCCCCCUCCGAGCACGCUGUGGCGUCUCCUGUCACUGGUUCAAAUUCUGUGUCCUGGGACUCUGCAGUUGCAGCAGGGUCCCCAGGGUCACCCUCGAGUUUAGGGGGGACACAGGUGGAGGAUGGGGAAGGUAAGCACACCUGUAAGGUGUGUGGACGUUACUUUAGCAAACCUGCUGAUCUUAAUACACACUUCAGAACUCACGGCAUGGCCUUCAUCAGCGCAUACAAAACAGACAAACCAGCUUAGACAGACAGGAAAGGGUGAACUUUAAACCUGUCAAGAACAUGUCACCCCAAAAUCAACAACAAAAAUAAGAAAUGAUGUCUUCCUUAAAGAAAAUGAUGCAUAGUUUUAGGACCUUUAAGAUUUUUUGUGAUACCGACUGUGUUUUGUGGCAUUUCAUUUUUAAUUAAGCACACCAAUUCUCAUUACUGUAAUGCAAAAAAAAAUAUUUUAAUU